UGUGUUGACAGAUCAGAGUAAGCAUGGCUGUAGCGUUCCAUAGCCGGUGCGGCGAUAGAGUGACGCUGAUAAAUAGUAAUAGAACAGCAGUCAGAAACUUUUCAGAGUUUAAUAACGGGUUGGUGCUGAGCAGUCAGCCUCUUGCAGACAAUCAGCUUUUUCAAGUUCGCAUUGAUAAGAAGAUAAACUCCUGGAGCGGAAGUAUCGAAAUUGGUGUAACAUGCUUGAACCCCGAGACAAUGGAAUUCCCAUCUACUGCGUCGGAGCUUCGAGGAGGAUCUUGGAUUCUAUCAGGGACUUCAGUGCUCAAAGACGGCCAGUCUAUCGUGGAGGUGUAUGGCGAAGAUUUGGAGAAGCUGUCUGAAGGUGACUGUGUCGGGGUUAUGCGUACCUCAGAGGGUGAGCUGGUGUUCUACGUGAACGAGGAGUCGCAGGGGGUGGCCGCGAGGGACGUUCCGAGCGGCGUCUACGGCUUCGUCGACAUGUACGGGAAGUGUGCGCAGGUGACAGUCAUCGAUGACGACGACGAGACCCGUGGAGACUCUGACGACAGAUCCGACUUCGAUGUCGAGCUGAGUGCGAGUUGCGGAACGUACGAGCCGGCCGACGGGCAGCAGCAGCCGGCACUGGUGACGGACCUCGUCGUCAACAUGAACGUCGCCAACACUCGGCGCGACGUCAUCGCGUUCGAAGAGGAGUCGCCACCGGCGUCCGUAGUCGCUGCGGAGGACGUGGAAGUGUCGCCCCCUCCGGACAGGUUGAGGUUCCACGAGCGCUGCGGCAGCCUGGUGCGCAUCUCCUGCGGCGGUCGCAGCGCUGAGAGGAGGCGGCCGCUCGACGAGUUCAACAACGGCGUCGUCAUGACGCACCGCCCCCUGCACGACGACGAGCUCUUCGAGAUCCGCAUCGACAGGCUGGUGGACAAGUGGUCCGGCAGCAUCGAGGUGGGCGUGACGACGCACGACCCGGCCGCCCUGGCGUUCCCCGCCACCAUGACGAACCUGCGCACGGGCACCACCAUGAUGUCCGGCAGCGGGAUCCUCACCAACGGGAAGGGAACGCGCCGCGAGUACGGCGAGUUCAACCUGGAUGAGCUGUGGGAGGGCGACCGCAUCGGCAUGGUGCGCAAGGCGAACGGCAACCUGCACUACUUCAUCAACGGGCUGGACCAGGGCGUGGCCGCCGGCAAGGUGCCAUCCCGCGUCUGGGGCGUCGUCGACCUCUACGGGAUGACUGUCAAGGUUUCCAUCGUGGACAGAGACGAGCGGGAGGAGCAGAACCUGAUCACGCGGAGGAACACGACGCAGCGGUCGCAGGCCGCGCUGCACAGCCUCAACGAUCUGCCGGAGGAGGACAACGUGGACCGGCUCAUGUUCCAUCCGAACUGCGGCACGCACGCCGCCGUCAUCAACAACCACAGGACGGCGCACAGGCCGCAUGCGAUGGACGAUUUCAACAACGGCGUCGUGCUGACGAACCGGCCACUGCGGCCGGGAGAGCUGUUCGAGGUGCGGCUCGACAAGAUGGUGACCAAGUGGGCCGGCUCCAUCGAGAUCGGCGUGACGAUGCACAGCCCCGCGGAGCUGGAGUUCCCCUCCACCAUGACCAACGUGAGGUCCGGGACGUGGAUGAUGACGGGGAACGGAGUGAUGCACAACGGGUCGACCGUCAUCCACGAGUACGGCCAGAACCUGGACCGGCUGCAGGUGGGCGACCGCGUGGGCGUGAUGCGCACGGAGGAGGGCACGCUGCACUUCUUCGUGAACGGUGUGGACCAGGGGAGUGCGGGGGCGGGCGUGCCGGAGCAGGUGUACGGCGUGAUCGACCUGUACGGGCAGGCAGUGCAGGCGACCAUCGUCGACCCUGCCCUGGAGCACAUGUGCCGCUCCGCCUCGGACACCACCUUCAGCACCACCAACCGCACCGACGCCGCCGCGGCCGGUGACGGAGACGGCACCGCCUCGUACAGUGACCUGCGCUUCCGGCACUCUCACGGCAAGAAGGCGCGGCUCUCCAACGGCGGCACGACGGCGUCGCGGCCCCGCGCGUUCGGGGAGUUCAACGACGCCAUCUUGGUGAGCAACCGCCCGCUGAGGGACGACGAGAUCUUCGAGGUGGUCGUGGAGAAGACUGUGGACUGCUGGCUCGGAUCCAUAGAAGCCGGGGUAACGUCCGUACGGCCGGACGAGCUGGAGCUACCGUGCACGAUGACGGACCUGGAGCACGGGACGUGGAUGCUGUCCGGCAGCAACGUCAUGGUGGACGGCGUCGUGCUGCGCAAGGACUACCCCUGCGACCUGGACGAGGUGGUCGUCGGCAACAGAGUGGGUAUGGCGCGGCACUCGGACGGCACGCUGCACUUCUACCUGGACGGGGUGGACCGCGGGGCGGCGUGCGGCGGCGUGCCCCCGGGCGUGUACGCCGUCAUCGACCUGUACGGCCAGUGCGCGCAGGUGUCCAUCGUGCAGCCCGAGCGGCCGGCGGGGCCCGCGGCGGGAGCCGCUCCCGGGAGGCUCGCGCUGCCCGACCGCCCCCACCAGCUGACGACGGAGACGACUCCGACGACCGUGGGCGGCGGCAACGCGAGCGAGACGCUGGGCCCGAGCAGCCAGACGGCGGUGCCCGCCGACUCCUGCCACAGGUUUGGUGGUGCCAGCGGGAAGAACGUAGUACUGCGGUCCGGCGGCACAGUCGCCACCCGACUGCGUGGCUACUCGCACGCCCUGGUGUUUUCUUCCGACCCCCUACAACCCGAUGAAACAUUCGAGAUCUGCUUGCGCGAGCUGGCCCCCCACUGGUCGGGAACCGUGCGGCUGGGUGUGACGACGCUGGUGCCCACGAUGUCUGCAUCCAGCUCCGGCUCCGGAUCUGGAUCCGGUGGUCCCGGCUGCCCACCUGUCGCUGCCCUGCCGGCGGUCAGUGCCGACACUUGGUACCUCAUACGCAACGAGGUGCAGAAGAACGGGCGCACGCUGCAGCACUGCUACUGCCCCAGCCUCGAGUGGCUGACGGUCGGCGACCGCGUGGGAGUCCGGCGCGCCGCCGACGGGGCCCUCAGCUUCUCGCUCAACGGCGAGGACGCGGGCGUCGCCGUGCCGUACGUGCCGAAGAAAGUCUACGCGGUGGUGGACCUGUACGGCAAGGCGGUGUCGGUGGCGGUGACGAGCGUGGGCGGGCGCGCGGGGGCGGUCCCCGCCUCGCCCGGCCCGGUCGGCGUGCCGCCCCUCGCCGCGCCCGAGAUGGCUUCCUCGCUGACGGACGCGGCGGGCGGCAGCGGCGGACCGGACGACAGCCUGCGCUCCAGCCGGCUGCACGACUCGCUCGAGAUCCUCCUGGACACCGCCGAGCCGGCGCAGCCCGCGGCCGACAGGGCUCCACUUGAACCGACGGGGUCGGAAGGCGACACCUGCGAAGACGUCCCGGUCGUCAGGGAAGCCGCGGCGGACGACGGCGCCGCGGAGCUGGCGGUGGGCGCCGCACCGCCGGAGGACCGCUCGGAGAGGACGAAGGGCUCCGGCGGCGUGUCGUCGUCCGACGAGGGCCAGCCGUCCUCCCGACAGGGCCAGUCGGACGCCGAGGCGGAGAGCCUGAUGUCUUUCUGGAGCGAGCGCUUCGGUCGCAACAUCGAGCUGGGGCCCGGCGGGCGGACGGCACGCCGCACGGCGUCCUACAACCGGGGGCUCGUCGUGUCGGACCGCCAGCUGCCGCGGGACCACGUCUUCCAGGUCCGCAUCGAGGCGACGGACCCGCGCUGGGUGUCGUCGCUGCUGGUCGGGGUGACGGCGGCGCUGCAGCCUCCGCCUCCGCCAUCGCCCACGUCGCCUCCCGCCGCGGGGCCGCCUCCGGGUCCCGUGCCGGGCCCUUCGUCCGCCCCCACGCCGCCGCCCCCGCCGCCUCGGCCGGCCGCACCGCAGCGCUCGACGCACUUGCCAGUCACCGCCCUCGGCCUCGGGAAGGACACGUGGGUCAUCUGCGGCGAUUUCGUGCUCAGGAACGGCAUCCCGAUCCGAGGGCAGUACGGCCCCAACUUGGACUCGCUGGGAGUGGGGGACGUGGUGGGCGUGUCGGUGGACGCGGCCGGCCGGCUGCACUUGUGGGUGAACGGAGCGGACCAGGGGGUCGCCGCUCAGGACCUGCCCGCGCACCUGCACGCCCUCGUCGACGUGUACGGCCAGUGCCAGCAGGUCCGCGUCGUCGGCGGUCCGGGCGAGAGCGCCACGCCCGACGAGGCUCCCGCCUUGCCGCUCGGCACGGAGGAGGACGACGGAGCGGAGGCGGCGGCCGCGGCCUACGUCGCGGAGGUGGACGAUGCGGAAGACCGGGACGGCCUCAGCGAGAAGGCGGACCUGGAGUGCGACGAGAAGGAGAAGGUGGAGGCACAGGCAGAGGCGAAGCGCGGGGCCGGCACUCAGCGGGAUGAGGAGCUCUUCGCGAGCGGCAGAGACCCGCCGGCGUCGCUGUCGAACGCGCGGGCCCCGGCGUCUCCGCCGCGCUCGCUGCCCGCCACCCUGUCGGACAACGACGUGGCCAACGGGCAGCUGAAACAGCAGCAACAGCAGCAGCAGCAGCUGCACGGCUCGGCGCCGGUCAUCGCGCCGACAGCCGUGGCGAAGAAGUCGGCGCCGCCGUCGCCCGUCAGCGACAACUCUGUCAGCCAGCAGCAGCAGCACGGCAAAAUCGUCACACAGGUGAGCCGCGUGCCGCUGCAGCCGGUCACCUGUGGGCACCGCUUUGCCCCGGACCGCAAAAUCGACUUCUCGCACAAUUAUUACAGUUUACUUGUGUCCGGAGGGACCGCCUCGCGGCGCGCCACGCCGGCCUCGACCCCGGGCGGCGGCGGGCUGGACAGCUGGGCGGCGGGCACGCCCCCCGCCGGCACCCCGGCCGCGUCCGCGGCCGCCCCCGCAUCCGCCAGCUGCCCAUCCUCCGGAGGCGGCCGACUCUGCGCGCCCGCGUCGGUGACCGCCCCGCCGGCCGCCCCCGCCAGGAAGUGCGACUACCACACGGUGUGCGCGCGCUUCCGCAGCUUCCUCGGCUUACCGGACGGGUUCUUCCUGCCGGGCGACGCGGGCUCCUGCUUCUGCGAGCAGUGCGUGCGCCGGCUGCGGCCGCCCUCGCCGCCACCCGGCCUCACCGUCCGCCGCAAGUCUUGCGUGGCGGCGGCGCCCGCGGCAGCGUCCGCUGCUGGUACGCCGACUGGGGCGUCCGACCCGGCCGUUCCCGCCACACCGGCAGCGGUGGGGACCGGCACUGCGGAUGCCGGCUCCGGGACGGCAGUCGCGGAUGUGGCCGCCUUGCAGUCUGCCGAGAUACUACUGCAGAUAGCUGGCUGGUGCAGGUUCCCCCUGAAGAGGCGACCGAAGCCGUCUCCCCAGGAGGGCGGCGACAGCGCGGGUGCGCCGCCGCAGCCGUGCGCGGGUUGGCACGUCGCCUUCUGGGGCGCGCGCCUCGGCGACGUGCGGCAGGUGCUGGACCGCGGUGAGCUGCUGCUGCCAGGUGAGCUGGGCCUGCAGCGGAUGCGGGACAAGUCGGACUCCGAGGGCUCGCAGCUGGUCUUCUCUCCGGACAUCCGGCACGCCGUCAGCAAGACGCUGCCCUGCCGCAAGAAGUCAGAAUUCCUGGACCCCAAGACGCGGCAGCGGUACCGCGCGUGGGCGGCGUUCCAGGUGCUGGUGCAGCCGGGGACGUACAAGGUGUCGGCUGCGCGGGCGCCGGCCCAGGCGGAGGCGGAGGAGUGGGUGACCAAGGAGCGCGGCACGACCGUGCUGUCGGCACUGCUGCUGCGGCUGCGCCCGGCCGACGACGAGGCGGCGCCCGCCACGUCGGCCGAAUGCCGCGGCUGA